CAGACGCACUACGUGGCAGGCCUUGAAACCAAUUUCCGUCGAUCUGACACGCUACUCCUUCCAGUGCUAGCGUGCGUUGCGUUUCUGCUCAAAAGUAGGUGAAGUCAGCACGUUUUGGGCAUGAUCAGCCAGGUUGUAAAAGGGUUCGUAUGUCUCCGCUUGCUCCCGAGCAGCGGGGCAGUGUCGUCAACGGCAGUUCGUGGCGUCCAACGCGGGACGUACUACCACCACCGCCUUCACCAUCGUCCGGCUUCCUUCGGAUGGACAACGCGGGGGGGUGGUUCAGGGGGACACGCCCCACAAUCGGUCGCAUCAUCAUCAGCAGCAGCAGCAUCAGCAUCAGCGGCAGCUUCAAAUCGUGAGCCACGACAGCUAGCGGAUGCACCUGCCUCUCUUUUGGCCACUGUUGAGGCCGUUGCGAGCGAUGUGGACGGAACCCUUACCACGCCGGAGGUGACUGUCACUCCUCGCACGAAAGAUGCUAUCAAGGCGGUCCUGAACUCUGAACUCGCGUUCUUCCCCGCCACGGGCAAGACCCGCACCGGGAUGUACAAGAUCUUGGGAGAAGACAUCGCCGCACAUCUGAAGACGAAGGAUACCCCAGGGGUUUUUAUUCAAGGUUUGGUUGUCUACUCCGGCGCCGGCGACGAGGUGUUGUACGAGCGGCUGCUGGACGUUGAGAUUGUCUCACAGGUGGCCAGUUUCUGCGAGGAAAGGGGGGUGUCGCUGAUUGCUUACAGCGGCGACGAAAUUGUGUGCUCCGUGAAGGACGCCGAAACAGACAAGAUAGCCCUCUACUCCGAGCCCAUGCCGUCCGCCGUCGGCCCUCUGACGGACGCUAUGGCUGCCGGUCUUCGAGUCCACAAGCUCAUCCUCAUGGACUCCAAGGAGGCGAUCGAUCGAGUCCGGCCGGAUAUCGAGCGGUUGAUCGGUGACCGAGCAACCUUCACGCAGGCUCUCCCGGACAUGCUAGAGGUUUUGCCGGCGGGGGCAUCAAAGGGACAUGGUGUGGACGUGCUUCUGAAACACCUUGGGAUCGACCCGGUUCGUUUGAUGGCAUUAGGAGACGCAGAGAACGACGUUGAGAUGUUGCGUCUCGCGGGUGUCGGCGUGUGCGUCGGAAACGCGUCUCCCCCCGCCAGGGCAGCCGCCCGUUUCAUGGCACCGACCAACGCCAACGACGGUUCCGCCGUUGCCAUGGAACAGUUGCUCCGAAGUAAAGAGCCACCAGCGGGAGAGGAAUGAGUUUAUUGGAUAGUGGACUGGAGUUUUUUGUUUUGUGUAUUUUGCAGCGCGGGGACUUGCCCGUAAUUACGUGAUUUUGGUUGAUUUUGUCCAUGUAGAGGGAUGGCUGUGGGACAAGACCCUAUGCUGACUGGUAGCGGAAAAGCAUUUGUGCUGUGCUGGGCGUUCAAGCACGCUCUCAAGUUUCGUUUUCGAUCUAACGCGGUUACCGACGGGCGCCCUGCAUAGGUCGAGGCCAAUCCUUCCCGUUCGGGCGCCUGCCUGUGUAUUUACGGUGCCGAUAUGCCGUACCACAUUCUUUAGCUGCGCACACGUGUAGAACGACGUCGACAACCACCGCUGCCGACAUUGUGAUGUUGGGCUAGAUCACCCAGGAAGGAGACCGC